GGUUUGCUUUUCAGAAAUUUAUGAAUGAAAUCGUAGCAAAACUGUUUUAAAAUUUGGCUGUAUUUUAUUUCUGUUGUGCUUUAUUGUACAAUAUAUAAUGGUAAUGAGAUUGCGUAAAUUGUAAGUAACGCCAAUUCUACCUAUAGCCUGGGGACUUCUGGUUGUAAGUGUCACGAAUAACGGAAAACUUGGGCGUGAAUUGUUAACUGACAUUUUUGUGAUGCAUAUUUGAUUUCUCAGAAUCGGAAAGAGAUAAUGAUAGGAUCAGGCGUUAAUGAAUCACCUGGCUUUAAAUGAAUUGAUUUUUGUUUCGAGUUUUGUGAUGAUAAUGCUGCUGAAAGCAACACAAGGGUAUAGUUUUAGUAAUAGACUCGGUCAUGAACUCAGCGAAAAUAUGCGAAAUUCAAUCGAUGAAGAAACUGAUUCAAAUCAUUUAAUAUUCAAACGAUCGGCUAGGCAUCGUCGAAUAGGACUCGUAAACACGAUCUACAGUGUUUGUGGAAAAGUCAUGGAAGUAAAAUGUAGUUCGAUACGAGAAAAAUGUCAUUGGUUGACAAAGAGAAGUACAGAUGAUUUUUACAAAAAAAGAUCUAAAGGUGGCCGAAUUAAACGCGGCAGGAGAAAAUCUAAAAAGGGAAAGAAUAGGAGAGGAAGAAAACGACAUCAUUUGAACAUUCCAGUGCAUUGUAACACGUGCAGAAAUCUUUGUUGGUAGAGAUAAAGUGACGUGAUUUACCCCAGCGAUGAACAGCAAAAUUGACUUAUUUUUACAAUAUGCUGUUGGAAUCUUCUCGUAACAUUGAUUGUAUGAAUCAAGAGCUUUUCUAAUUUUGUUAGCUAUUUAUGGGAUUCGCGAUAUCAGCCAUAGUUAAUACUAUGAAGUAAUUCAAGAUUAAUUUAUGGAAUAAUAAGCUGAUUUUGUAUUGCAAACAAACAGGCAUCUCUAUCUUGUCAUUCUGUGCUAAUUUUUAUUCUCGCAUUGUCACAAUGUGUGCAAUGCUCUUUUUGUGGCCAAGCAGUUCGUUGACCAAUAGUUAUUUUCAUGUUUUAUUUGAAUGAAAUACACUGUGAUGCAAAAUAUUCAUUCCGCAAAAAAUCGUCAACGAUAUUAAUUAAGUUGUAUUUUGCGGUAUGCAACAUAUACACAGAAAUUCUUUGCUGUAUUUAUCUGAUGCCGAGUAUAGAUCAUUGUCAGAGCACAAUGCAGAUAAGAGAUAUAAAAAAGACUUAAGAUGAGUAAAUUCCUUCUCUUUCAUAUUUAUAUUUUAUGAAAUAUGAUUAUAAAUUUUAUCUAUUUUGCAUUUUUUAUUCACUAUGUGCGUUACUAUGUUCCUAUAUUAUG